CAAGGCCGACCGGCCAGAGUACGCAUGCGCUUCGCUACCUCCACCUUCUCUCCCUCCUCCCCACGUUCACACUCACUAGUACACGCGUUCGGCUUUUGGUAACGAUUCGCGUUCGUCGCCCCGGCUCCUUUUUGUCCCUUCUGGGCCGCGGUGGAAGCAGCCGGCCUCGCGGAAGCGGCAACAGUUGGCGAAGAUGGCGGCUACGGCGGCAGCCUCCAGGGGAGGCAAGCGGGGCGGCGGCGGCAGCGGGCAGGGCGGCGGCGGGGUCGCCGAAGAGGAGGCGCCGCCGCCCCUGCAGGCCGUGCUGGUGGCAGACAGCUUCAACCGCCGCUUCUUCCCCAUCUCCAAGGACCGGCCCCGGGCCCUGUUGCCCUUGGCCAACGUGGCCCUGAUCGACUAUACCCUGGAGUUCCUGACGGCCACAGGGGUGCAGGAAACGUUUGUCUUCUGCUGCUGGAAGGCCCCGCAGAUCAAAGAGCACAUACAGAGAUCCAAGUGGUGCCUCCCAACUUCACCCAAUGUGGUCCGCAUUGUGACCUCAGAGAUGUACCGCUCUCUGGGGGAUGUGCUCCGAGACGUGGACGCCAAGGCCUUGGUGCGCUCGGACUUCCUGCUUGUCUAUGGGGACGUCAUCUCUAACAUCAACAUCACCCGUGCCCUGGAGGAGCACAGAUUGAGAAGGAAACGGGAGAAGAAUGUAUCUGUGAUGACGAUGAUCUUCAAGGAGUCAUCCCCCAGCCACCCCACCCGGUGCCCAGAGGACAACAUUGUGGUGGCCAUGGACAGUGCCACCCACCGGGUUCUGCACUACCAGAAGACUCAGGGGCUCCGGCGCUUCUCUUUUCCCCUGAGCCUGUUUCAGGGGAGUGGAGAAGGAGUGGACAUUCGCUACGACCUGCUGGACUGUCACAUCAGCAUCUGUUCCCCUCAGGUGGCUGAACUCUUCACUGACAACUUUGACUACCAGACUCGGGACGACUUUGUGCGAGGCCUGUUGGUGAAUGAGGAGGUCCUGGGGAACCACAUUCACAUGCAUGUCACAACCCGAGAGUACGGAGCCCGUGUGUCCAACCUGCGCAUGUAUGAGGCGGUGUGCGCCGACAUUGUUCGCCGCUGGGUCUAUCCCCUCACCCCAGAGAUGAACUUCACUGACAGCCCGGCCCAGAGCUGCACCCACUCCCGACAUAACAUCUACUGGGGGCGGGAGGUGAGCCUGGGCCAUGGCAGCGUCCUGGAGGAGAACGUGCUCCUGGGCGCCGGCACGGUCAUCGGCAGCAACUGCUCCAUCAAGAACAGCGUCAUCGGCCCCGGCUGCCGCGUCGGUGACAACGUCAUCCUGGACCGGGCCUACUUAUGGCAAGGUGUUCGGGUGGCCAGUGGGGCACAGAUUCAUCAGUCUCUCCUGUGUGAUCAUGCUGAGGUCAAGGAACGGGUUACUCUGAAGCCACGCUGUGUCCUCACUUCCCAGGUGGUGGUGGGCCCAGACCUCGAGCUGCCCGAAGGCUCGGUCAUCUCACUGCAUCCUCCCGACGAGGAGGAGGAGGAAGACGAUGGCCAGUUCAGCGACGACUCUGGAGCGGACAGAAGAGAGCGCAUGAAGGCGACAGGUUACAACCCGUCCGAAGUGGGCGCUGCCGGCCAGGGCUACCUUUGGAGGGCAGAGGGAGCAAAGCCCAGGGAGGAGGACGACGAUGAAGAGGAGGAGCUGCGGCAGAGCCUGUGGGGACUCACAGUCAACGUUGAUGAAGAGAGCGACAGUGACAGUGAGCAGAGUCUUGGCUCCCAGGAGCUGGACAGCCGGGCAGGCUCCCCACAGCUGGAUGACAUUAAAGUGUUUCAGAAUGAAGUGGUGGGGACACUGCAGCGGGGCCGAGAGGAGAACAUCUCCUGUGACAACCUGGUUCUGGAGAUCAACUCCCUGAAGUACGCUUACAACAUCAGCCUCAAGGAGGUGAUGCAGGUGCUCAGCCAAGUUGUCCUUCAGUUCCCCCUGGAGCAGCUCAACGCACAACUGGAUCCCAAUCGCUACUGCGGCCUCCUGCUGCCUCUGCUCCGGGCCUGGAGCCCCGUGUUCAAGAACUACAUCAAGCGCACAGGAGACCAUCUGCAAGCGCUGGCCGCUAUUGAGGAGUUCUUCCUGGAACAUGAAGGCCUGGUUACCUCCUUAGCCAAGGUGCUAAUGACAUUCUACGAGCUGGACAUUCUUGCUGAGGAGACCAUCCUACAGUGGUUCAAUCAGAGGGACGUGUCUGACAGGGCCAAGCAGCUCCGAAAGAACCAGCGGCUGCAGAACUUCAUCCAGUGGCUCAAGGAGGCAGAAGAGGAGUCAUCGGAAGAUGAGCAAGACUGAGGCUCUCCUGGGGCUGCCCCAUGCAUGGGGCCUCCCCUCCUGAUCCCUGGGAACGGGCAUGUGUGGAUGAGGGAGCCCGGACAUGAGCAGCCACCCUCUGGGCUGGGACUUAGGGGGCACUUCCCCCCCGGUGAGAAGCCCCAGGCCCCCAUCAGCAAUGGCAUCUGGGGUGUGGGGAUGAGUUGAUAACCUGCAAGGAAGAAACAUCUGCCCAGAGACAAGUGCAGGGCUUGGCUCUCUAACAGAUCUCAUCCCCAGGAAGAUAUUUUUCUAAGGACCACAGGCUCACCUGUGCUUGCUCAACCUCUCUUGGGGGAUGGCAGCGAGUGACGGGGGGGCUCUCUGCUGCUUGCACUGACAGUUUUAAACAAAGUGUGUUUUAUUUCUGCCCACUCUGCCUUAACUGGCUCUUCAGGGGGGUGUGGAGACAGCCCCCUUGGGUAGCAGACCCACCAGGUGGAGCAAGGGAUGGUGAUGGGGCUGGCUGUGGGCCUGGGGAGAGCUUCCCUCCAGGCCCGGAGCUGUGGGGGCGUGAAGCCUGGGCAGAGCCGGACAGAGGGAAGUGGAACUUGGGGCUUUCUCCCCUGGCCGACCUGUGUGGGAUUCCUUGUGCUGCUGUUUGAAUAGUCUGCCGCCCGGCAGCAUCCAGUCAGGAGGGUGGUGGGUAAGCAUGGCUGUCACCACCCACUGUGGGGGCCUUGGAAAGCAGGGAUUCUGAGGGGAGGCCCCUCCUGUGCCUCAUGACCAGGAAACAAAUAAAUCUUGGCUGUUCCA